AUGGGAUGUUCAGCCUUUCCCUUGCCCAUGUCACCCUUCCACGAGUGCUGCCUCCCCCAGGGCCUGGCGUGCCCGGAGCCCUUCGCCGUGACCCGCAGCGACACCUGCGUCAUCAAAUACCCCGACACCGUGGUGGACAUCGUGGAGCCCGACCUGCCGCCCUACUCCAUCAUCUACCCCGGGCCCACCCUCACCACCUUCCCCCAGCACACCCUGGUGGGCUCCACGGCCCUGCUGGACAUCAGGAACCUGCUGGGCCCGCGGGGAUUCCCUGGGUUCGGGGGUAGGUGCGCUCCGCGGUCUUUUUGGGGCGCGGGGUUUUGGAGUCCUGUUGGCGCUGACUUACGGCCGCUGUUUUGUUGUGGAACUUGCAGGCCAACCUAA